AUGGCUGAGGUUCUCUGCCCCCAGCCUCAAUCCGAGAAGCAGGAGAGCAUCUACCACUGGCUGCCCACCAGGGAGGAAGAGCCCAGCCGGCGACAGUUAAGGUACAUCUCCACCUUCCGGUCUUCCAUCCAACGGGAAAUGGAAGAGAAGAGGAAGGCGCCAUGCCAAACCAUGGGCAUCCCGAAGUUGCAAGUGCCCAGCCCGAAGGAAUACCUCCGGAAACACUCCAAGAAGAAGGUCCCCAAAUGCACGUAUGAGCGGGAGAAGAGGCUCCCUGGCAAACCCAAGUUGCCCCCGCAGUCCGACCGGCCACUGAUGGGCAUCCACAGCGAGAAGAACUUCGUCACGACCAACGCGGCCGAGGCCAUCAUGGCCGUGGCCAAGAAGCCCCUCCAUGCCUGCGUGGACCAGCGGAGAGGAGACAAGUUCCUGAUGGACGGAUCCGGGCUAGUCCAGAGGUUCAUCAAGAAGAAGGACUUCGGGGUGACCCCCAAAUACAUCCAAAGGUGGAAGAAAGAAGCCGUGGACGUGCGCAAAGAACGGGUGGCCGCUCGGCGGGAGUGCCUGCAGAAGAAGCGGCUGACCCGUCUCUCCUCCCGCGAACGGGAAAGCAUCUUGGACGGCCUGAAGAACAACUGGGAGGAGAUCAACAAGGACUUCCAGAGCCUCUCCGUGGAGAUCACCACCAUCCCGCAGAGGCUCCGCAAAGAGAAGCUGGAGACAGAGAUGAAGCAGUUGGAACACGACAUCAGUGCACUGGAGAAACGUCGGUUCAUCUACAUUGCCGGCGAAUAG